AUGGUAUCUGAAUUAGCAGUGAAGGCAGGAGGAUCAGGAUUGAAUCCGAACGCAGCAGCUUACGUACCACUCUACAAAAGAGAAGCUGAUUCUGCAAAACCUGCUGCUGCUGCUGCUGCCACACAUGACGUUCAGCACCAACCCUAUGGUUAUGGAGUCCAAGGGAAGGGAAGUUUUCCAGGCUCUCACAUGAGGGAUGAUGAUUCGGAGAUGGAGAUGGAGUUCCUUUUGGCUUCAUUCUCUGAUUUGUCAGAUGAGUCUAUCCGUGAUGUUUACUUGGCCAACAAUGGUGAUCUUGAUGCAACUAUCGAAAUGCUCACUCAACUUGAGGUAAACCUAUUUCACCAGUAUCCAUUUCACACUUAAAUACACCAGAGUAGAUUGUCCACAACGCUUUGUUUCAUUGUGGAAAGAGAGAGAGUACAUUUGUAUAGAUUUUGAAUUUCAAGUUUGGGUGUUGAGGAUUGUGAUUCUUUUUAUCUAUGCUUUUAUUUUAAAUAAUUCUACUUAAAAAAAAAUUAUUUAAGAACUCCUA